CAAGUCAAGAUCAUACUGGGUUCAAGUCUCGGAGCUUUCUUUGGUGUAUUUUUUGUGGUUGCCUCUUGCAUUUUCCUUUUCAAGAAGAAACAAGAGUCUGGGGAUUUUGAUGAGUUCUCUGUUGACCAAGUACCAGGGACAUCUAUCAGAUUUUCUUACGAAGAAUUGAGAGCCAUGACUAACAAUUUCAAUGAUAAGCUCGGGGAAGGAGGAUUUGGGUCAGUGUUUCAAGGGAUAUUAAACGAUGGCACCAAAGUAGCGGUGAAGCGUCUCAAUGGUUUUGGUCAGGUUAAGAAGUCAUACUUAGCUGAAGUUGAAACAAUAGGCAGCAUUCACCAUGUCAAUUUGGUGAGAUUAAUUGGAUUUUGUGCUGAAAAAUCAUAUAGGCUUCUAAUUUACGAGUACAUGUCCAAUGGAUCCUUGGAUACAUGGAUCUUCCAAAGGCACCAGCAGCAAACUCUUGGGUGGCAAUCUAGAAAGAAGAUCAUUAUGGAUAUAGCCAAGGGACUAACAUAUCUCCAUGAGGAAUGCAGACAAAAGAUAUUUCACUUGGAUAUUAAACCCCAAAACAUCCUCUUAGAUGAAUACUUCAAUGCGAAAAUUUCUGAUUUUGGAUUGUCAAAACUAAUUGAUAAGGACCAAAGCCAAGUUGUAACAAUGAUGAGGGGAACACCAGGCUAUUUGGCUCCUGAGUGGUUGAGAUCAAUUAUCACCGAGAAAGUAGAUGUUUAUAGCUUUGGUGUCGUGGUCUUAGAAAUGUUAUGUGGGCGCAAAAAUUUGGAUAGGUCUCAACCUGAGGAAGACAUGCACCUGCUAGAUCUGUUUAAGAGGAAAGCAGAAGAGGAACGACUUCUGGAUAUCGUUGAUAAAUACAAUGAUGACAUGCAAACACAUAGAGCAGAAGUCGUGGAGAAGAUGAGGGUUGCUGUGUGGUGUCUACAAAGUGAUUUUUCCAGGAGGCCUUCCAUGUCAGUGGUGGUGAAGGUCUUGGAAGGUUCUGUAGAUGUUCAAAGCAAUUUGGAUUAUAGCUUCACAACUCCUGUUGCACCAGGAGCAAUCACAGUUGCUGGUCACCAAGAGGAUCACAUUGGUGCUGCUACUCCUUUAUUUGCAUCAACUUUAUCAGGACCAAGGUAAAGAAAGUAGACUAGGAAACAAAUUAGAGUUGAUUGUUUAAAGUUUUUGUUUUUCUCUCACCUUUUUUUUUUCUUUUUCUUGGACUGAUAAGUUUUAGGAUUUCGAUUUACUCUAGAAACAUUGCAAUACAAAGGAAGAAAACUGUCAAAACAUGCCAUGAAAGCUUUGUAAAAUUUCCUAUUCACACCAUUCUAACUUAAGUCUUGUACAAAUUUUGCUAAUAAAUCUUACAAUUUGGUUGUAGUUUGAAAUUUGUACAAAACUUAUCUAAGAGUUGUGUUUCUGCUUAAUUUAGUGAAAGGUCUUGGUAAAAUUGCAAGUUCACUCACCCAAAUCCUCUAAGGUCUUUUAUGUAUAUAUAUUUUGUACUGAAUAUAUAGUAGGUAAGGUCCUUUUACUCAGAGUGCCUAAUUGGGCGCUUGAGUUGCCUACCCCUUGAACCA